AUGGGGUGGGGGAUGAGGUGUGGAGGUGGGGGAGUGGCCGCAGCGUCCCCUCUUACUAACCCCCACAUCCCCACCCCCAAUCAACCAACCCCCUGUAACCUCACCUCCCAUUUCAACCGCCCCCUGGAACCGCACUCCCUCCCUCCUUUUCUUCCUCCAGACCCCUCCCCACCCACGAUGGUCCCUGUCCAGUUCUUCACAGGUGGGGCUGCUGGUCACAGGUGGGGCUGCUGGUCACAUGUGGGGCUGCUGGUCACAGGUGGGGCUGCUGGUCACAGGUGGGGCUGCUGGUCACAGGUGGGGCUGCUGGUCACAGGUGGGGCUUCUGGUCACAGGUGGGGCUGCUGGUCACAGGUGGGGCUGCUGGUCACAGGUGGGGCUGCUGGUCACAGGUGGGGCUGCUGUUCACAGGUGGGGCUGCUGGUCACAGAUGGGGCUACUGGUCACAGGUGGGGCUGCUGGUCACAGGUGGGGCUGCUGGUCACAGGUGGGGCUGCUGGUCACAGGUGGGGCUGCUGUUCACAGGUGGGGCUGCUGGUCACAGAUGGGGCUACUGGUCACAGGUGGGGCUGCUGGUCACAGGUGGGGCUGCUGGUCACAGGUGGGGCUGCUGGUCACAGGUGGGGCUGCUGGUCACAGGUGGGGCUGCUGGUCACAGAUGGGGCUGCUGGUCACAGGUGGGGCUGCUGGUCACAGGUGGGGCUGCUGGUCACAAGUGGGGCUGCUGGUCACAGGUGCCUGGUGCUGGCGGCUGGCGCUGGUGCUGGUGCCUGGUGCUGGCGUCUGGCGCUGGUGCUGGUGCCUGGUGCUGGCGGCUGGCGCUGGUGCUGGUGCCUGGUGCUGGCGGCUGGCGCUGGUGCUAGUGCCUGGUGCUGGCGGCUGGCGCCUGGCGCUGGUGCUGGUGCCUGGUGCUGGCGGCUGGCGCUGGCGCUGGUGCCUGGUGCUGGCGACUGGCGCUGGUGCUGGUGCCUGGUGCUGGCGGCUGGUGCUGGUGCUGGUGCCUGGUGCUGGCGGCUGGCGCUGGUGCUGGUGCCUGGUGCUGGCGGCUGGCGCUGGUGCUGGUGCCUGGUGCUGGCGGCUGGCGCUGGUGCUGGUGCUUGGUGCUGGCGGCUGGCGCUGGUGCUGGUGCUGGCGGCUGGCGCUGGUGCUGGUGCCUGGUGCUGGCGGCUGGCGGCUGGCGCUGGUGCUGGUGCCUGGUGCUGGCGGCUGGCGCUGGCGCUGGUGCCUGGUGCUGGCGGCUGGCGCUGGUGCUGGUGCCUGGUGCUGGCGGCUGGCGCUAGUGCUGGUGCCUGGUGCUGGCGGCUAGCGCUGGUGCUGGUGCCUGACGGCUGGCGCUGGUCCUGGUGGCUGGUGCUGGUGUAG